CCCUGGGAUGGGGGUCUGCACUGCUCCCCACGUACCCUGCGUCCCCCUGCCACCCCCGCGACCGUGGGUCUGCGCCAACGGGCAGGGGAGGGCGGUGGCCGGGUCUGCAGCGAGGCACUGCAGGUCCCUCCCGCGCCCAGCACUCCUGUCAUGUGGUUUCAUAGUCCCUGGACUCAUUUCCAAAAAAGCAUUUCCUCUUUCUGCGGUUGGGUGUAAAAGCCUCUCAGGGGAGGGCUGGUGCUCACUCACCACGCGUCGCGUGCUGCUGAUGGCAGCCAUGGGGUGCAGGGGCACCCUGCCCGGGCACUGACUGCCCCGACACCCCCCCUGCACCCCCUGCUCCUCCUGCCCGCUUCCCUCACCGCCCCGGCAUGACCCAGCCGCAUCGGCCACAAGGAUGAAGUGUUGCUGCCCUGGGGUGGCUUGGGUGAGUGCGAUGCCCUGGGGAUCCCAUGGAGCCCUGGCACCAAUUGUGGGGUGUCCCACGGCUGUGGUCGUAACGGGUCUGGAGGAGGGAGGGAGCAAGAUGGAUUAACUCCAGUGCCAAGCGCGCCAAAACCGCUUACCCCUCUGGCUAACAGCCGGGGCGGCGCUCUGCUGCACCAAAACAUUCGCGGUGUGGCGUGAUCACGGGGGCCACCGGCCGUGAAGAUCUCGGCCACAGAGCGGAUGCGGCCGUGGGAAGGGUGGGGUCAGUCCCGGGGCUGCAGGCCGGGCAGUGCCGCGGGGAGUGGCUGUGCCCACAGCCUGCGGGCGGCUGCCCUCGGGGCUAGCGAGGAGCUCGGGUGGCAGCCCCGGCACACGAGCACCGACAGCGGCGGCUGCGUUACGGGGGGCAGAGGCGCUGGCACGGCACAAGCGGCAGUGGCUCUCCCCAGCGCGGAGCCAGCCCCGUGCCCACGGCUCCCCUGUCCGCCGGGCACCUGCUCCCCGCUCUGGGCAGGGGCAGCUGCCCGUCUGCGGGCGGGAUGCGCGAGCAGGGCCCCGCUGCGGGACGGUCGUGCCUCAGCGGUGACUCAGAUGUGCCGCUGGCAGCCGGCAGUGAGGCAGCGCCCGGAUCUGCCGGCAGCGCUCUGCGAGCGGGGCGGCCCAGCGCGGUUUCCAGUCUGCCGGUGGCGGCGGGUUUAGUAGAAAAUGAUUCAACUGCCGUAAUCGGGGCCAUCACGGCUGGGAAAUCCAGCCCCCAGCGAGGAAUCCCCUGGCUCCCUGCCCACAGGGAGUGCCACGGCCCUCUCAGCCCCCAGCCCGGCCUGUGGAAGGGGUGUCAGCGUGGGCGCUGCUCGCUGCAGCACCCACGGGGGCUUCCAGGGGAGCAGGGCUGCCCUGCGGACAGCACCUGGCACCCCGCGGGGGAGCAGUGACCUACUUUGGGACGCACGUAACGGAGCGCGAUAAUAUCGGGGGGAGCGUGAGCCAGGCACGGCUUCCUUUCGGGGAGGAAAUCACCUCCUCUGUGAGGGAGAUAAACCCCAGGAAAGUCAAAGCUGGCAGCGUUAACCCCUACGCGCCCGGCUACCGACACACCUCCCUGAGCUGGCGAUCUCUGACACCACCAGCAGUCCGUGUGCCUGACUCACUGGUCCCCAUCCCUGAGGACAUGGCAGGCUCCUGUCGAGCAUCUCGGUGCCGCUCCCCAGCCAGCCUGGAAGCACCAUUUGCAGAGCACACGGGGGUACCAUGGUAGCCCCCGGGCACAGGCUGUGGCACAGUGGCCCCCAGCAGGAAGUUGUUUGCUCGUGUACUGCGGAGAAAGCAGAGCACAGGGGCUGCCGCGGGGCAUUCCCAGCCCUGGGGCAGCACACCCACGCGGCUUUGGGGCGGAGGGCCGCGGCUUCAGCCGUUCAGCUUUGUGCAGGCACCGCUGUCCACACAGUUCCAGGUACGGCUCUGACUGCGGUAGCCCAGCAUGAGCUGGUGUGAGGGCUGUCCCCAGGGGUGCAAGGCUCCUGGAGCAACCCGUCUGCCUGCAGCCCUGCUCUCUCCCUGCUUGCAGGUGACCUUGGCAGCUCUGUGGCUGGCAGCCAGUGAAUCGCAGCCCCCAGAGUGGCAGGACCGCACCGUGCUGCGAAGGCAGCGGGUCCUGGUGCAGCCACUCCUCCGCCUGCGGAGACAUCCCGACAGACACCAGUGCCCUGACGGCAUGAACUGGGUCGAGACUGCUCGCCAGUGCUGCCCUCAGUGUCCCGCAGGUGAGCCCUGCCCAGUCCGUGUGGCACGGCACAGCACACUGUGGCACAGCAGGUGCAUUGCUCCAGGUGGCCGUGCUCCCUGUCACCCCACUGUCCCUGCAGGGACAUUCCUGAAAGAGCCCUGCACAAACCCUGAGAAUCGCAGCGUGUGUGACGCCUGUCCUGCCGGCACCUUCCGCACCCAGCCCAACACCUUCAGCAAGUGCCAGGCUUGCUACGAGUGUGACCAACAAGCUUUCCAGAGUGUGCUGAGCAACUGCUCGGCCACCAGCAACAUCGCCUGUGGCUGUGAGCCCGGCCGAUUCCGUGUCUGCGUUGACCCGCAGUGCAGCGAAUUCUCUUGCCAGAAAUGCCAGUCCUGCACCGGACGUCUCAUCCAGCGACCCUGUUCAGAGGAGCAGGACGCACUUUGUGACAGCAGCUGCAAGCCUGACUUCUACAGAGAGGGUGAUGAAUGCCGGCCAUGUCACACGAGCACUGUAGACACGUGUGGCAAAGAGUGCCAGCAAGUGUGUGGCAGCAACAACAACCAAGGCUCAGGUCUGGAGUACAUCCUGCUGGGACUCACCGGGCCUCUCUUCCUGGGUGCCCUGGCCAUCUACCACAAGAGGAAGAGGCUCCGGCAUGAUGCCCUGCCAGGUGGUCUCCCCCCCAUGGCACAGGCUGCCACCUCAAUGGCCGGGGCUGCAGCCGCACCAUGGUGCCAGUUCAAUGCCUGGAGGUGGGACAAGCCGUGCUGGACCCAGCCACACUCCUCGCAGGGGACAGAACGUGCCACUGGCACAGCAAAGAAGAGCUCCAAAGAGGAGGCCUUGCUGGGUGAGCCACCCAGUGAUGAAGGAAAGCCCUCUGCACCCCCGGAGCCCCGUGGCGCCUUGCUGCAGGGCAGCCAGCUUUAUGCCGUCAUCGAUGUGGUGCCAGUACGACGCUGGAAGGAGUUCAUGAGGAUGCUGGAGCUGCGGGAGGCAGAGAUUGAGCUGGUAGAGCUGGAGGUGGUCCACAUCCGUGACCAGCAGUACGAGAUGCUGAAGCGCUGGUGCCAGCAGACCAGUGCCACGCUGGACCACGUCUUUGCCGCCCUGGAGCGCAUGGAGCUGGCCGGCUGUGCUGAGGCACUGCGCCAGAGUCUGCCCAUGGGACCCUGAUCCCCAGCGUCAGCACCCUGGCACAGGGAGGUCCCGACACCUCCACAUCUCACUGGGCACCCAGCCAUACCCCUAAGUAUUGUUACUUAUGCCGUGUAGACAUUUUAUGUCAGUUUUAUGUCCCUUUCCCACCUGCCUGUUCCCUCUAUUUAUGUCCUCCUGCUCCCAGGGCCGGGGAGGACCCCAUGCCCCAGCACGUCGGCUGCCCAGCCACUCGCGGGACGAGCAGGCACCGAGCCCACCGCGAACCCAUGGGAGAGUUCUCAAGGCUGCCCCUGCCGGGCGCUCCUUCCCCCUCCCCAAUAAAGUGGUGUGUUCUCCAUCCGCCA